UGCUCCUCGACUUCAGCAGCAACAUGAAGCAGAUUGCAACAAGCUCAACGGACUGCUGUGUGAUGAUCUGGAACAUGAAACCUCAAAGGCGCGCAUAUCGUUUUAACGGCCAUAAAGACGCUGUCACGUCGGUCCAAUUUUCUCCCUCGGGUCACCUCGUAGCCUCCAGUUCCAGAGACAAGACUGUACGCCUUUGGGUGCCCAACAUGAAGGCUGAAUCAACCGUAUUCAAGGCUCACACUGCCACGGUGCGAAGCGUCAACUUUUCCAGCGACGGCCAGUCUUUGGUGACGGCGUCCGAUGACAAGACGGUCAAAGUUUGGACCUUGCACCGGCAAAAGUUCCUCUUCUCUCUCAACCAGCACAUCAACUGGGUCCGCUGUGCCAGGUUUUCUCCAGACAAUCGCUUGAUCAUCUCUUCGAGUGACGAUAAAACUAUUAAAUUGUGGGACAAAAACAGUAGGGAAUGCAUUCACUCUUUUUAUGAACAUGCAGGUUAUGCAAACCAUGUGGAUUUUCAUCCCAGUGGAACAUGUGUGGCUGCAGCGAGCACUGACAACUCAGUCAAGUUGUGGGACAUCAGAUCCCUGAAGAUGCUCCAACAUUAUCAAGUCCACAGUGGUGUGAUGAACAGCUUGUCUUUUCAUCCGUCUGGUAAUUUCCUUCUCACUGGGUCCAAUGAUUCGACAACCAAGAUACUGGACCUUGUUGAGGGAAAACUGUUGUUCACACUUCACGGACACCAGGUAUAAAAGAAAGGGCAUCUCUAUCCUCCUUCAAAACCGCUAUAAAAGUUCACCUCCAGGCAGCUACAACCCUAAACUAACACCCUCCCCGGAUUGCUAAUAAUCAAAUGUAAACAAUCAAAUGCAGAUUCUUUUUCUUAUGCCUUCUGAUCUCUCUCUCUCUCUCUCUCUCUCUCUCUCUCUCUCUCUCUCUCUCUCUCUCUCUCUCUCUCUCUCUCUCUCUCUCUCUCUCUCUCACUCUAUGUCCACUACUUGAUGUCCAUAUCCCCCCCCCCCACCCCACCCCCCUCCACACUCCUGAUUGUAAAUAAUGUAAAUAAUUCAAUGUGAUUAUCUUGUGUGAUGACUGUAUUAUGGUGAUAGUAUAUAUGAUAGUAUAUAUCUGUAUCAUGAAUCAAUUUAAGUGGACCCCGACUUAAACAAGUUGAAAAACUUAUUCGGGUGUUACCAUUUAGUGGUCAAUUGUACGGA